GCUCGGAGGCGUCCUAGCCCGAGCCGGAGCCGGAUCCGAGCCCACGCUGCUGCCACCGCCGCCUCUCCGCGCCCGGGCCCCCGCCGCCGCCGCGCCCCCCGCGGGAGAUGGAACAGCUGAACCGGCUCGGCGCCCUCGGAUACCUGCCGCCUCUACUGCUACACGCCCUGCUGCUCUUCGUGGCCGACGCUACAUUUACCGAAGUCCCCAAAGAUGUGACAGUACGGGAGGGAGACGACAUCGAAAUGCCCUGCGCGUUCCGGGCUAGCGGAGCCACCUCGUACUCGCUGGAAAUUCAGUGGUGGUACCUCAAGGAGCCGCCCCGGGAGCUGCUGCAUGAGCUGGCGCUCAGCGUGCCCGGCGCCCGGAGCAAGGUAACAAAUAAGGAUGCAACUAAAAUCAGCACCGUGCGUGUCCAGGGCAAUGACAUCUCGCACAGGCUGCGGCUGUCGGCCGUGCGGCGGCAGGACGAGGGCGUGUACGAGUGCCGCGUGUCCGACUACAGCGACGACGACACGCAGGAGCACAAGGCCCAGGCGCUGCUGCGCGUGCUCUCGCGCUUCGCGCCGCCCAACAUGCAAGCCGCCGAGGCCGUGUCCCACAUUCAGAGCAGCGGUCCGCGUCGCCACGGCCCCGCCAGCGCCGCCACCUCCAACAACGUGGGUGCCCCAGGCGCCGCGGGCCGAGCCACCUCCGACCCCGGCCGCGGCGACAAAAGCCCGCCUGCGGGGAGUCCUCCUGCCGCCCCAGGUCCCGGAGUCCCCGAGGCGGCCGCUGCCUCCGCGGCCCACGCAGCCACCACCACUGUCGCGGCUGCGGCCGCUGCUUCGUCGGCGUCACCGCCACUGGGCCAGGCGGUCCUUCUGCGCCAGAGGCAGGGAUCAGGCACUGGCCAUAGCUCCGCCACAGACCCGCUCUUGUCUCUGCUUCUUUUGGCUCUGCAUAAGCUCCUUCGUCUGCUGCUGGGGCACUGACACACGCGGCCAUCCUGGGCACCUCGGCUGGCCCACACGGCCUGCCCUGACCCGGCGUGAGGCACGCAUCACCAGAUGGACACAGAGAGACUGAGAAGCAUGACCAAGUCCACAUGGAAAAAAUAAAUCAUAUUUUUGGGGAAGUUACACAAAUGUAGAACA